AUGAGUGAUCAAAGUACCGAGAAGCCUGCAGAUGCAGCACCCAGAGGCCCGCACACUCCCGGCGACCUCGCUAGUAGUAGCGACGCAUCUCUCAAUGAGACCGUCCAUCGUAGCAUUCAGGGAUGGAGAUGGGCCGUUGCCUACGCAGCAAUGCUGUCUACAACACUCCUCUUCGCAAUCGACAAUACCAUCGUUGCAAAUAUCCAGCCCAGUAUCAUCAACGACUUCGGCCAUCUCGAGCUCAUGUCAUGGAUCGGUACAGGUUUCGCUCUCGGCACCAUGUUCAUUCUCCUCUGGGGCAAAGUAUAUGGUGUCUUCAACAUCAAAUGGGUCUACAUCUUCAACAUCUUUCUCUUCGAGGCCGGGAGUGCUCUAUGCGGCGCUGCACCUAAAAUUCAAGCGCUCAUCAUCGGCCGUGUCAUCGCUGGUGUCGGUGGUUCUGGAAUGUAUUCUGGCACUUUGACAUAUGUCUCGGUCCUUACCAACCAGCAAGAGAAGCCAGCUUACCUUGCUGGAAGUACUGUUGUGUGGGGUAUCGGCAGUGUGGUUGGUCCUGUUGUUGGUGGCGCAUUCGCAGCAAGCAGCGCAACCUGGAGAUGGGGAUUUUACAUCAAUCUUCCCAUCGGCGCUGUUUUUGCCCCUGCGUACUUCCUUCUAUUUCCCAGUACCGACCCCAACCCUACUAAAACUCUCGCGGAGAAGCUCCUCCUUGUCGAUUGGAUUAACGCAGUCAUCUUCCUGGCGGGAUCCGCUUGCUUGACCGUUGCGCUGACCUUCGGCGGUGUCGUCUAUUCAUUUCACUCAGGGACCAUCAUUGCACUCUGGACUGUCACCGGCGUUCUCCUGGUGGCCUUUAUAGUCCUACUUAAACUACAUCCUCUAGUCUCCAAGGAAAACCGCUUGUAUCCAUUGCACUUCUUCAAGAAGUGGAUUCUGAUCAACAUGCAGCUCCAAGUCUUCCUAUCUUCAGGCAUCAUCUUAGCCAUGACUUACUUCGUCCCUCUAUACUUUCAAUUCAUCAAGGGUGACGGAGCACUCGAGGCUGGCGUUCGUUUACUUCCUUUGAUCAUGUUUAUGGUUGCUGUCUCAAUGCUGAAUGGCUUUCUGAUGCCAAAAUACGGACUGAUUCCUGUUUGGUACAUCGGAGGUAGUGCCCUUGCGCUCAUCGGUAGUGCUCUAAUGUACACCAUUGAUGACACCACAUCUAAUGGCAAGGUAUACGGCUACAACAUACUUGUUGGAGCCGGAGCGGGAUGCUAUAUCGUCGCUGGGUUCGCCAUCAUGCAGUCACUGGUUCCCACCCACGAAAUUUCCAAUGCAGUUGCCCAGGAUCUCGGAAUGGUACUCUUUCUUGCUAUCAGUGGCAGCCUGUUCCACAACGUCGCCGUUGACAAAGUCGGCAACACCUUGCCAACAGCCUCCGACACUGACAUUGGCAACUUGAUUGCGGGCACCAGCAGCGCCGUGUUCAAAGCUCUAUCUGAAGACGAAAAGGCCGUGGUUAUCCCAGAGAUCGCGAGUGCUAUGAAGAGCAUCUGGGCCUUUUUCAUGGCGGCCGCUGCGCUCAGUUUCGUGUGCGCUUGCCCACUAUUGAAGGCUAAGCUUGGGGGAAAGAAGAUUGAACCAACCGCGAUAGCCUAAAGGGUGGUGAGACCUAUUGGGGUAUUAUAGAUGAAGAAGACCGACUUGAACAUCCAUUAUGUCGGCGUGUCUAGUAUCUGUGUUGUUUGGAAG